AUGUGUUGUCCAGGUAGAGUCUGCAUGCUAUGCACCUGCUUGAUCGUGAUUGUGAUCGUGAUCGGGUUUAUGUUCGGAUUCGGCGUUUUCAAGCAUGGAUUUCACAAAAUCAAAGAUACUGUUAGUUACUGCGAUUCUUGCGGCGGUGUUGGCGGUGGAGGAAGGCCUUUCUUAGGUUAUGCGCCGCCGCCAUUGUUCUAG